AUGGCGAUGGCAUACCCAUACAAUCAACCUAUAGAGGUUAUCCACAAUGCCUACACACCACAGCAAACCACCGAAAUUGCUUCACGGAUGGGAGCAGCCAAGGCCCGCAUGCGCAUCGACAAGAUUUUGACGAGCGGUUUCAUGGCAGGAGCGAUCCUUGCUUUCGCGUGUGCUGCAGUCUCAGUCGUCAACACGGCACCGUGGUAUCAAGAAAAUGCUCCUGGAGUGAUUAAACUAUUCGCUGCUUUGAUCUUUCCUUUCGGUCUCGUUGCUAUCGUUUUGACGGGUGCGGAUCUAUGUACUGGCAGUUUCAUGUUCACCACGAUAUCAACCCUCCACCGUCGUACCAGUAUCCUUCAAAUGCUACAGCACUGGGCUCUCACCUUCAUCGGCAACCUCGCUGGCUCCCUCUUCAUAAUGGCCCUCCUGGUAGGCUACUCCGGCAUCCUCUCCGAUGCAGCCUCCACCAAGCAAACCAUUGCCUUCGCCACCAAAAAAGUCGUCGCCCCUCAAUGGCAUCAAAUCUUCCUCCGCGGCAUCGGCGCCAACUGGUUGGUGUGUCUCGCAUGCUUUCUUGCUUGCUCUGCCCGCGAGCAAGUCUCCAGGAUCAUGAGUAUCUGGUGGCCGACUUUUGCAUUCGUAAUCCUCGGAUACGAUCACGUAGUCGCGAAUAUGUUUUACAUCCCCGUCGGUAUUUUCCUCGGCGCGCCACAAAUCACUGUGGGGUUGUAUAUCUGGAAAAGCAUGAUUCCUGCUCUGUUGGGCAACAUUGUCGGAGGAGGAUUGUUUGUGGGCGUGGUGUAUUGGUAUCUGUAUCUUUCCUCUGGAGAUGCUGUGGUCAUUGAUGGAAGUAGUUAUGGAGGCCCGCCUAUGGCGUUGUUUGGGGUUAAUGCUGAUGCGGAGGAAUUGCCUUCGCAGCAGAGAAGGGAGUCUGAUAAGGCUACUAUAGUUUGA